AUGUUGCGAUUGUUAAAAAAGAUUCAAUUACCACGAUACCUUUCUACCGUGGCUAGAGCUGCACCGGACAGGAACCCGGCAAUCUUCUACACGGGAAUUUUUAUCGAUAACGAAUGGCACCGAUCACGGUCAGGAAAUACGUUUCCUACGAUAAAUCCAGCAACUGGUGCAACAAUUGCAGAAAUACAAGAAGGCGAUGCUGCAGAUAUCGAUAUAGCGGUACAGGCAGCCAACAAAGCCUUUAAAUUCGGUUCGCCAUGGAGAACCAUGGAUGCUUCUCAACGAGGUGUAUUGUUAAACACGUUGGCUAAUUUAAUGGAACGUGACCGUGCUUAUCUCGCGUCUUUGGAAACAUUAGACAAUGGUAAACCUUACUCGAUGGCAUAUGAAUUUGAUCUACCGGCUAGUAUAUCGACGUUACGAUAUUAUGCAGGAUGGGCCGAUAAAAAUCAUGGCCAAGUAAUUCCUGUCGACGGAAAGUAUUUAGCAUACACUCGCCACGAACCUGUCGGUGUUUGUGCACAAAUUAUCCCAUGGAAUUUUCCCAUCUUAAUGAUGGCUUGGAAACUAGGCCCUGCCUUAGCCACUGGGAAUGUUAUCAUACUGAAGCCUGCAGAACAAACAUCCCUAACAGCUUUAUACAUAGCUCAAUUAACCAAAGAUGCUGGAUUUCCUAGCGGUGUAGUGAAUGUUGUUCCUGGCGAUGGCAAAACUGGUGCUGCACUAGUCACUCAUAAUUUAGUUGAUAAAGUAGCAUUUACUGGUUCAACCGAAGUUGGAAAAUUAAUAAAACAGGGCGCCGCGACGAGCAAUUUAAAAAGGACCACGUUAGAACUUGGUGGAAAAUCUCCAAACAUCAUCUUUAGAGAUGCCGAUCUCGACCAUGCUGUGGAAACAGCGCAUUUCGCACUAUUUUACAACAUGGGUCAAUGUUGUUGCGCUGGCUCAAGAACAUUUGUCGAAGAUAGUAUCUAUGAUGAGUUUGUGGAACGAAGUGCCGAACGUGCUAAAUCUAGAGUUGUUGGCGAUCCGUUCGAUUUAAACGUAGAACAAGGUCCACAAAUCAACGAAGAGCAAGCAAACAAAAUUAUGUCCAUGAUUGAAACGGGUAAAAAGCAAGGAGCAAAGCUAGUUUCUGGUGGUACGAGAGUUGGUGAUAAAGGAUACUUUGUCGCACCUACGGUAUUUGCCAACGUUGCGGAUCACAUGACCAUCGCUAAGGAGGAGAUUUUCGGACCAGUUCAACAAAUUUUGAAAUUUAGCAGCUUAAACGAAGUCAUUACACGUGCAAACGCUACGGAUUAUGGAUUAGCGGCAGCAGUAUUUACGAAAGAUAUCGACAAAGCAAACUAUGUGGUACAAGGGCUCCGAGCUGGUACUGUGUGGGUUAACACAUACAAUGUCCUAACACCCCAAGUACCCUUUGGUGGUUUUAAAAUGUCGGGACACGGAAGAGAACUCGGACAAUACGGUCUUGAAGCAUACACCGAAGUUAAAAGUGUCAUAGUUAAAGUUAAUCAGAAGAACAGUUAAGAUAUUGCAUCUUGAAUUUCUUUGUACACGAUUCUUGAAAAAAUUUGCAAAAUUUUUACAGCUUUUGUACCUUUAUAUUAUUUUUUUAACAUAUAUUAUUAAAUAGUUGAAACAUAAAGAGAUAGUAACCUUGCAUCUUUGUAUAUUAAAAAAUAGAAUAUAGGUUCAAGAAUAAAACACAUAAAUAAAAGUUAAGUACAACGGUGCUCGCGUAGACGUCUGGUUACUGCUCAAUUUAAUAUCUAUCAGUAUGCGUCUAAACUGUAUACGCUUAAGCGAACAAUACUAUAUUUAUUAACAGUACUGUAUUUUUAUUAGAUUUGUAUCAUUAAUAAAAUGUGAUAUUACUUUA